CACAGAUAUAUAAAUAUAUAAUAAGUGUUUCUCUAGGCCUCCAAGCUCCCUCAUUCUCGAGCCCCAAGACUCAAGCAAGUCCAGUGCAGAGAUGAAUAAAGCACCUUCAAUGGAUAAAGAAUCAAUGGUGGAGUUGAAGAAGAGAUUCAAGAAGAUGAGCGUGGUUCCAGAUGAAAAUAGUUUUUCUAAUGCCAUCCUCUCUCUCAAGGAACAUCAGAAACCAGCCAUAGUCAUCAAGAAUACUAGUUUCCCUGAUGUCCGUUUUUUCUACUUGAGCAAUCUUAGGCUCGCACGGCUAUGCAUUCAGGCUAAGCUCUCUACGGUUAUCCGAGAGUUUACAAUCAUCAAUGAACCUGCGUGCAUAGACUUUUUCGAGCAUUAUUUCGAUGACUUGGACCUUGCUCUAGCGCAGCUCAAGUAUGCAACUCAACUGCUCAUGAAAAUCGCUAGGUAUUUUAUCCAGCUUAUGGAAAAGGAUGAUUGUAAUACACUGGACCGGUGCAAGUACCUGAAAGUGAAUGCUAUUGGGUGUAUGUAUACCGUUGCAAUGAGAUGCCUCCCUAUUUUGGCUUAUAUCGAAAAGGUCAGGCAGCACAUCCUGGCUCAGGACGAUGAUCCCACUCAUGAGAAUGCUCCUCCCUCACACAUUGUCUUGGCUAAGGAAAUUAAACUCCACAAUCCCUCACACAUCUGCCUUUGAGGUUGAAAAGGCUGCCGGCUUGGUUCAUCCAGACACUUUGCGUUGGCUUGAAGAGUUGGAAGAGAAACAUGGCUUUAGGAUGCAUGAUGAUUGUGCUCAAGAGCACCCAUUAGCAGCAUGAAAGCUCGUUUGCUCUGUUGAAUAAUUAAUGUUUCUCGGCUUUUUGUUUUAUUUAUGCUCUGACAUUAGGCUAUGAUUUUUGUGUUGGACCUCCUUGUGCUGCUUUUCUCUUCUGUCUUUUAUCAUAAGAACAUAUCUUCUCAUA